AGACAUGACAUGAAUACCCUGAGUUUACCGCUUAACAUUCGCCGUGGAGGCUCUGACACCAACCUGAACUUUGAUGUACCAGAUGGGGUCCUGGAGUUUCACAAAGUCAAACUCAGUGCAGAUAGCUUGAAACAGAAAAUCCUCAAGGUUACAGAACAAAUCAAAGUUGAACAAACAGCUCGAGAUGGAAACGUGGCUGAGUAUUUGAAACUGGUAAACAGUGCAGACAAGCAACAGGCUGCGCGCAUUAAACAAGUCUUUGAGAAAAAGAACCAGAAAUCUGCCCACUCCAUUGCCCAACUGCAGAAGAAAUUGGAGCAGUAUCACAAGAAGCUCAAGGAUAUUGAACAAAAUGGAUCUUCCAAAAGUGCUAAGGAUACUUCCAAAGAUAACUUGAAAGAUAUUCAGCAUGGAAAGCCUCGUACCUCUGGGCAUGGAACAGAGAGCAGCAAGUCGGGUGUGCCAGGUGUAUCCUUGACACCACCUGUCUUUGUUUUCAGCAAGUCUAGAGAGUUUGCAAACCUCAUCCGAAACAAAUUUGGUAGUGCAGACAACAUUGCUCACCUCAAAAAUACCUUGGAUGAAUUUCGGCCAGAGACAAGUUCUAGACCAUAUGGGGGCAGUGCCACCAUUGUUGCCAAACCAAAAUAUGUUAGUGAUGAUGAAUGCUCAAGUGGGACCUCUGGCUCAGCAGAUAGUAAUGGGAAUACUUCCUUUGGUCCUGCUGUGGCAAGCACCCUGGACAGCCAAGGAAAGCUUUCCAUGAUUUUGGAGGAACUAAGGGAAAUCAAGGAGACACAGUCCCAAUUAGCUGAUGAUAUUGAGAAUUUAAAAACACAGUUUAAAAGAGACUAUGGCUUUAUUUCUCAGAUGUUACAAGAGGAAAGAUAUAGAUAUGAAAGAUUGGAAGACCAGUUAAAUGACCUCACUGAUCUUCAUCAACAUGAGACAGCAAACUUGAAGCAAGAGCUAGCCAGCAUAGAGGAGAAAGUGGCAUAUCAGGCAUACGAGCGAUCACAAGAUGUUCAGGAAGCCUUGGAAUCAUGCCAGACCCGGGUUUCAAAGCUGGAGCUCCAUCAGCAAGAACAGCAAGCACAGCAGUCUGAAACAGUUAAUGCCAAAGUGCUCCUAGGGAAAUGUAUAAAUGUUAUCCUGGCCUUCAUGACUGUCAUCUUAGUGUGCGUUUCUACUAUUGCAAAGUUCAUUGCUCCUAUGAUGAAGAGCCGUUUUCAUAUCAUUUGCACUUUUUUUGCAGUGACACUGCUGGCAAUAUUUUGUAAAAACUGGGAUCAUAUCAUUUGUGCCAUAGAAAGGAUGAUUAUACCAAGAUGAAGCUGCUGGUCUGGCUGUUUUUUGUUUUUUUCCCCUCCCUGUUUUUUUAAUGCUGUGUGUAUACAAAUUAUUU